CCUCCAUCCUUUCCAUGAGCUUCCGCGCCGCCGAUCUCUGCAUUCUACUCCGAGCCCUUUCCGGCGACGCCGUCCUCUCAUGGCGCCUCUUCAUCCACCACCUCCUCUCCUCCCCUCUCCCUCCCUCUCCUCCCUCCAUUGCCGCCCUCUCCUCCACCCUUGUUCGCUUCGCCAUGCUCCCACACCUCCACCACCUCCACCUCAUCCUCCUACACCUCCCCAAUUCCCUUCCUUGCCUUCUCUCCUUUGCUUACUGCGCCGUUCGUUCCCAUCUCUUUCCCUUCUCCUUUUCCCUUUCUCUUCUCCAAUCCCUCCGCCCCCUUCCUCCCCCUGUCCACCUCUACAACAUUCUCCUCGAAUCCUCCCUCCGCUCGGGCCACCCCGAGCACGUCGAGAUAAUUUAUAAAGAUAUGAUCUUUGCCGGUGUUUCGCCGGAGACGUACAUUCUCAAUGUUAUGAUGCGUUCCCUGUGUGAUUCCGGGCGUCUUGAUGAAGCCCGCAUGGUGUUUGAUAAAAUGCAUGCAAAGGGUUGCUGCCCCAAUGUGUACAGUUUUGGGAUUCUUGUUUGUGGGUAUUGUAGAGCUGGGUUGAGUUGUGAAGGGCUGGAGGUGGUGGAGGGGAUGGGGAAGUUUGGAUUGGUGCCGAAUUUGGUGAUUUGGAACACUUUGGUAUCUGGGUUUUGUAGGGAGGGGCGGGUUGGUGAGGCAGAGAGGGUUGUGGAGAUGAUGGGGAUGGCGGGAAUGGUUCCAAAUGUGGUCACUUUCAAUGCGAGGAUAUCGGCGCUUUGCAAGGCUGGGAUGGUUUUAGAGGCUUAUGGAAUUUUCAAAGAUAUGGAAGAUGGUGGUGCAGAGUUGGAGUUGCCGAAGCCCAACAAGGUAACUUAUGAUGUGAUGCUUGAUGGUUUUUGCAAGGGAGGGAUGGUGGAGGAGGCCAGGGCAUUGCUGGAUGCAAUCAAAAGCAGCGAGUUUUCUGUAGAUUUAGUUACCUACAAUAUUUGGUUGUGUGGGUUGGUGAGGAAUGGAAGACUUUUGGAGGCGCAUUCAUUGUUGGAGGAGAUGGCUAGAGAGGGAUUAGAGCCUAAUUUAUAUUCUUAUAACAUUGUUAUCGAUGGCCUUUGUAAGGAGGGGAUGCUUUUUGUUGCUCGUUCUGUGAUGAGUUUAAUGAGGAGCAAGGGAAUAUUGCCGGAUAUAGUUACUUAUAGCACUUUGCUUCAUGGUUAUUGCACUAAAUGGAAGGUUUUGAGGGCCAAUAUGAUUCUUGAGGAGAUGGUGAAAGACGGGUGCUUUCCGAACAAUGUUACUUGCAAUAUCUUGUUGCAGAGUUUGUGGAAGAAGGGGAGGACACUAGAAGCAGAGGGCUUGAUGCAAAAGAUGAAUGAGAAGGGAUAUGGUUUAGAUAUAGUGAGCUGCAAUAUUGUUCUUGAUGGCCUUUGUAAAAAUGGGGAGUUGGAUAAAGCUAUGGAUAUCAUCAGCGGAAUGUGGCUCCAUGGAAGUGCAGCUCUUGGUGAACUUGGAAAUGCAUUUCGUGGUCUGGUGGACAAUCAGAAUGGUGGGCAAAAAUGUGUGCCUGAUAGGAUCACUUAUUCAAUUUUGAUUAAUAAUCUGUGCAAGGCAGGUAGGAUGGAUGAAGCUAAGAAGAAAUUUAUUGAAAUGCUUGCAAAGAAACUUGCUCCUGAUUCAGUCAUCUAUGACACUUUCGUACAUGCCUAUUGUAAAUGUGGCAAAAUGACCUCGGCUUUCAAAGUUCUGAGGGACAUGGAGAAGAAGGGGUGCAAACCAAGCACAAGGACUUACAACUUGCUCAUUUGGGGUUUGGUUAAUAAGCACCAAAUGGAUCAAAUUCAUAAUUUGAUGAAUGAGAUGCAAAUUAAAGGGAUUCUUCCUGAUGUUUGUACUUAUAAUAAUUUAAUUCAGUCUCUCUGUGAAGAAGGAAAGAUGAAAGAAGCUGCCUUACUUCUGGAGGAGAUGUCUGGGAAGGAUAUUGUUGCAAAUGUUUAUUCUUUCAUCUUGUUGAUCAAGGCCUUCUGCAAGUCUGGUGAUUUUGAUUCAGCUGAAGACUUGUUCCAGAGAGCUUUGACUACAUGUGGCCAAAAGCCAUCACUCUAUAGCUUAAUGUGCAAUGAGUUUUGUAUGUCUGGAAAACUAUCAGAGGCCAAGGAACUGCUUCAGACUGCUAUUGAUAUAGGAAUAUCUGUAGAGCGCUUCUCAUACAAAUUUCUUAUUGAAGAAUUGUGCAAAGGAGAUAGGCUGGAUGAUGCACGGAGCUUACUUAGCUUGAUGAUUGACAGAGGCUGUGUAUUUAAUCCUGCAACGUUCAUGCCGGUGAUUGAUGCUUUGGUUGAAAGGAGAGAUAAGACUGAGGCUGAUAGACUCUCAGAACUGAUGAUGAACAUGGCAUCCCGGCCUGAAGAAUCAAAUAUUGGUCUUGCCCAUCCGGACAAUCAGAGCUAUGCAAAAAUUGUUUCUGGUUCACGAUACAAUGAGAAUGAAUCACAUUUGAAGCAUCUAAAGCAAGAUAGUGCCCCUGGAAGUGAUUGGCACAAUUUAUUGCAUAGAGAUGAUGGCGGUGGGAUAGCACUAAAAGUCCUUAAGAGAGUGCAGAAAGGCUGGGGUCAUGGAAGUGUUCGCCAUCCACAGCGUUGGCAAUUGGAUCUCUAUGAUCAUAGUGAUGAUGCUGGGUGACAUGAAGUAUAUGAGAUGUACCAUCGCUUGUUUUGUUGGAAGUGAUGAAUGCCCAAAAACUAAUGUGGGUGCCAUUUGCGUUGUUAAUGAGUUCUCUUCUUGAUCAGGGGGGCAACACAGGGCUAUUUUUUGCUUUUCAUGAGGGUGAUUGUACCUAACGGUUUCAGAUAUAAUCCUUAUAUCAGAACUAAGGAUUUCAGCUCUUGCAGAUUUGUGGAUAACUAGGCUGUGCGCCAAAAGACAAUAUGAAGCUACUUUUGAUGUGCCCAUAAGAAACUCUCUUGUAAGUGGUGCUGGUUAUAUUUAUUUUGAUCAUGAGCCCCAAAAUGCCGUUUUGACCCUGUUUUUCUCGUUGGCUUAUGCUGAUGGCUUCUCUUUUAACUCACAUCACAUCACCUGAGACAUUUUGAAUCUGCCAUGGAGAAAGGCGGAGUAUGAAAAUCUGACGAGAUGCUGAGCAGAUACAUUGAAUAUCAGAUUUGUGAGGUGUACAUAUACCUUCCAACGGAACUACAGGUGUGGGAAUCAACUUUGUGCCGAAGAUAAUAAUAAUAUACUGAGAGAUAUUGAACUGCAAUACAGUCCUCAGCAGAUCAGAAUAUGAGGAUCCACACUAUGUAAAUUAAUCGAAGAUGAUGAUGUGCCAAGUAUGGUUUAGCUUGUAAACUUCUGUAAUUUUAGCAAAGCAAGAUCUUCCUGACGCAUCAACUGUGGAGCCGGCCAAGGGUCGAUUCAGUUGCAACGACCAGAGAUGUUUGUGAUAUCAGUGUGAUAAUGGCUGGCAUGGUCUCAGAAACAGCACCAGAUGAGCUUUUGACAAGGUUGCUAGACAUGAAUUAGGUAUGGCUGCACAAAUCCGCACUUGACGAGUUGACCUUUUAGUGAUAGCUGACUUUUGACAUAGACAGUCAGCCCAAACCAUCAUGGAAUCUUCAGAAAUAAUUGAUGUCUUAUUGAUGCUAUAGAUUCAUUGUUUUCUCAAGAUCACUACAGAGCUAUUUUCAAAGACUUAAAUGAAUUGCUGCAAUUGGGAGAUGAUAACAAACAGGAUGUUGUAGAGGAAUGUGAGUUGCCAUUGAUAGAUCUCAGCAAGCUGAAAAAUGGCAACAAG